UAUGUAAGGAUAAAAAGUGCGCAUUCAAUACAGACACAACGAAGCCAUCUUAAGAACUCCCGAUUCAGGUAUACACGUCAGUUUAUCAAGGAUCUCAAGGAUCAACGAACAUUAUGGAGGAUCAUUACGUUGAUCAUAAGAAGGCGCCGAUUCCUCACGACGCUGACGACGACGAUGAGGUCAUCGGAGAUCCUGAAAUGAAUUUCCAGGAUCACAAGGGAUGCUGUGGAAUGUCCAAUAAAAAAGAAUCCAUCGUGUUUGUGGUGUGUAUGCUGAUAGGCAUGCUCGUAGGCAUCGGAAUGGGAAUAGGACUCAGAUACGCGAAUUUGACGGAUAAACAAAUCCACUACUUCCAGUUUCCCGGGGAAAUGUUCCUUAGAAUGCUGAAGAUGAUGAUCCUUCCUCUGAUCAUGUCAAGUCUUAUUUUUGGUAUGGCUAACCUGAAGGCCGCCGGUUGGAUAGGGGCAAGGACCAUUUUGUAUUACAUGUCGACGACUAUCAUAGCAGUAGUCAUUGGUAUCAUUCUGGUAGUGAUCAUUCAGCCAGGUUACAAGGGCUCCGAAAAAUUGGCCAAAGCGAACAGGGGAGAGCCCGUUGAACCAAUAGAUUCUUUGUUGGAUCUCAUCAGGAAUUGCUUCCCUGACAAUAUCCUUGAAUCAACGUUCAGGUCGACACAGUCAGUUUAUCCUCCUGAAAUUUACAAUGUGGCUCCACCUCAAUCUAUGAACGAGACUUUUAUGAACACCACCAUGGCGCCCAAUACUACAACACCAAGACCCAGUUACCAAUUACCAGAUUUCUCAAAAUCGGUACCCAAAGUGAAGAAGUCCGAGAGAAUGAACGUGUUGGGUAUCAUCGUAUUUUGUAUUAUAUUUGGAUUGUGCUUGGGAAGACUACCGGAUAACGAGGGCAUGCCGUUAAUCCGAGUGUUUAGAUCGUUCAACUACGCCAUCAUGAAAAUGGUCAUGGGAAUUAUGUGGUGUGCGCCGAUUGGAAUAAUGUUUAUAAUCGCCCAUAAAAUUGUGAGCAUGAAAAACCCGAUUCAGACACUCACCCAACUUGGUUACUACAUGAUGACUGUCAUGGUUGGUCUUUUCGCACAUGGCUUCAUUGUUCUGCCGAUAAUACUCUUGAUUUUCGCAAGAUAUAAUCCACUUAAAUUCGUCCUAAAGAUGUCUCCUGCUCUGAUGAAUGCAUUUAGCACAGCGUCAAGUUCAGCGACACUACCGUUGACAAUGAGAUGCUUGGAAAAUAACUGUAAAGUUGACAAGAGAAUCACCGGUUUUGUCCUGCCAGUAGGUGCCACUAUAAAUAUGGACGGUACCGCCCUCUAUGAAGCUGUUGCCGCCAUCUUUAUUGCGCAGGUUAACAACAUCCCACUCGACCCUGGACAAUACGUGACCAUCAGCUUGACAGCCACAGCGGCAUCUAUUGGUGCAGCGGGGAUACCGGAAGCUGGUCUUAUCACCAUGGCAAUUGUUCUCCAAGCAGUUGGACUCCCCGUGGACGACAUUGGACUCAUCUUUGCCAUAGAUUGGUUCUUGGACCGUUGUCGCACCACCAUCAACGUGUGGGGUGAUAGUGUUGGAGCAAUGAUUGUUGCGCAGAGGUCACGGAAAGAGCUGAUGAAACACGAUGAAAUGAUGAAUGAUGCCUAUAGACCUCCCCGGUCUAAUGGAGACGCCAUCAUCAACGCUGCAUAUGAGCCAGAUGCUGCAGCGCCACAUACCCGACUUUAGUAGAUGAAAUUGAAUCCUGAACAUCUUGGAACAUAUUCUAAAGACUUUUUUUUAUCUCCAUUUUUACUUGUUAGUUUUACUUUUAUAGAGACUAUAUUUCUAUUUUGGUAAGCAAAAGUGAGUAAGAAAUUAUAACAUUUAAAACCAUGAAUGCUUUAAGCUAAUUGCUUUGGAUGUAUUUUUAUGAUAACAUUUUUAGCUGCACUAUUCGAACGGACCUACGCGUAUCUCGUAAUCAGUAACAUUGACGCCCAUUUGAUAUAUUAUGAAGGGCUUGUAAUUGAUAUUAUCAAGCAACAAACAUGGGAUCGGGGGUUCAGAUAUGUAGUCUAUAUUUUUAUUGUAAUAUGCACAGGCAAAAAGGCCAACACGGUAGGUUGAAUAUGGCCAUAUAAAUAAUAACUAGACAUAUUUUUACCAAGAUUUUAUGUAAAUAUUUAUUUUUAUAAACGUAUAAUCCAAAGCUUUUUGUAAGCUUAGAUCUAGGAUAUAUAUGUGUUUUACAAUAAUUAUGACAAAUUGUGUCCAUGCCAUCUCAUACAUGUAUCGGGUGUGCCAGAAAAAAAUGAACCGCUUUUUAACAA